AUAGUGAGUAAAAAAUGAAAGGUGGAAUUUGUUUUCCAACUACUUAUCCACAAACCCAAUUAUCCAUUUAUAAUAAUCCGAGCAAGCAAAUCAGCCAUGAAAAAAUGCUCCUUCCCUACAGCGCCAUUCCACCCCGCCAUCCUCGCAUCCAUCUCCCCUUCAAAGCAACCACCACCGUCCGCCGCCGCCAGAACCUCUCCGCCGCAGCCCAAUUGCCACAUCCCGCCACAACCUCCUCGAACUUCUCCAUCUCCGAUGACGAGCUUCACUCCAGAGGCUUCAACCUCCACACCACCGCCGCCGGCCUCGACCUAGACCACUUGAACACGGUGUUCGCCGCCGUCGGUUUCCCGAAGCGCGACGUCGCCAAGGUGCGGCUGGCCUUGGAGCACACCGGCGCGAUGCUGUGGGUGGAGUGCGAGAGAGACCGGCGGCCGGUGGCGUUCGCAAGGGCCACCGGCGACGGAGUGUUCCACGGGAUCAUAUGGGACGUGGUGGUGGACCCCAGAUUCCAAGGGAUCGGGCUGGGGAAGGCGGUGGUGGAGCGGAUUGUGGCCGGGCUGUUGGAGAAAGGGGUUACGAACAUUGCGCUGUAUUCGGAGCCCCGGGUUCUAGGGUUCUACCUGUCCAUGGGCUUUGUGGCCGACCCGGAUGGGAUCAGGGGAAUGGUGUAUUCGAGAAAGCGAAAGGGGUAAAGUAAUAGAUUAAGGGUCCGUUUGUUAUACGGAAUUGAUAGAAUUGGAAUUGAAUUGGAAUUGAAAUUUCAUGGGAUUUAAUUCCAUAGAAUUGAAUUCAUCAAAUCCAAUUCAUUUUUUGCACCACCAAUUCUAAAUCCACAUAAUUUUUGUGCUACCAAACACCAGAAUUGGAAUUGAAGUUUUCGAUUCCAAUUUCAUAAUUUGAAUUCCGUGUACCAAACGGGGCCUAAGAAUCAGAUUUACAGUAAGUUUGAAGAUGUAGUGCGAACCCACGUUUUACCCACAUUUGAAUGUAUAGAUAAUGAUUUACUACUCUAAAAUGUGUAAUUCCUCCUUUGGAGUGGAAAAGAUUUGUUUCAAUCGUUUUGAAUGGGCAAAAUAUUGUGUUGGUAUAAUUUCUUGAAGAUAGGCGACUAAAAUGUUAUGGAAUAG